AAAUCAAGAUGGUGGUAUAUGUGUUUUUAACGAAAUAACCUGAAAAGUCAAGGUUUUAAAGAUCUUUUAUCAUAAAUUGGAGUUAUUAUAAACGCACAAAAAUAAGGUUUACUUAUAGAUAGAUUUAUAGAUAGAUCUAAAAAAUGGAAGCAGAGAUGGAUUGGAUGUAUAAGGGAAACCAAAUGGUGAACAGAGAGGAAUAUCUCUUGGGAAGGCCAGUUGACAAGGCUUUUGAACAAAUGCAGCAAGCAGAAAAGGACACAGAAAUGAAUAAAGCACCAAAAAAUCAUGUCGAAUAUGAGUGUAUUCCACCUUCACUACGGUUUUUCUCCGGUAACGAGCAAGUAGAUUUGGUUAGAAAAAUGCAAGAGGAUCCUUUGUAUGCCAUCAAAAAGAAAGAAAUAGAAACCAGGAAUCAACUCUUAAAAAAUCCAAUCAAAUUGAAACAACUCAGAGAGUUGUUGGAACAACAAUCAUCCAAAAGUAAAAGCGAGAAGAAAAAGAAAAAAUCGAAACAAAAGGACAGCAGUGAGGAUGAGGCUAAUUUAGAUAUACUGCUCGCCUCUAAGUAUAAACAAUUAAAGGACAACAUUAGUGAAAAGGACAUGCUGAAAUCGAUAAUGAAGAUGAAGCAUAAGCAAAGAAAAAAAUCAAAGAAGCAUAACAAGGAUUCCGAAAGUGAAUCUGAUAGCAGAAAUCAUAAGAAAAAGAGCAGUAAACGGCGAAAAAAGCAAAACAAACAUUUGAGUGACAGUGACAGUGAUAGUAGUGAUAGCAGUAGUAGCAGUAGUAGCAGUAGUAGCAGCAGUGAAAGUGAUACCCAACAUCAGAAGAGAGAUAAGAAAAAAGAAAGCGACAAGAGAGUAGAUGAUAGCAAAAAACAAAUUAGGAAAAGAAAAUUUAGCAGAGACAGAAAUUCAGAAUAUGAAAGGAAUAAAAGAUAUAGGGAAGAUUUUAAUACAAACUAUGCACGGCAACGAUAUAAGGAAAACGAUAAGAAAAGAGAUGGCUCAAGAAAUAGGUAUAAUAAUAAAAAAAGAUACUCUGUGGAGAAACAAAAUGAUACAAAAAUAUUCAAUAACAGCCGAACAUUUGCUACAAAAUCCACUUUUGAUACUGGUCACUCAAAGUUCAAGGAGGACAGAAGAGAAGAAAAGUAUAGAUCGAAGGCAAGAUCGAGUCUUACCGAAGAGCAGAGAGAACAACGGCGACAAGAAAUGAUGGCGAAUGCAGUAUGGCGUGACAAAGAAAGAGAGAGAAAUGUAAAACAGUACCGCGAAGAAGAAAAGAAGGAAGUGCAAACCGAUAAAUCUUAUAGCAAAGAUUUUAUCAGGAAACAAUUAGUCGUCGCGACGGAAAUGGGCACUGUGGCAUCUAGAAUCAAAUCCAAUAUUAACAACAUACAACGUUCCGGCCGUGCGAUGGAUACGAAUUUCGCCAAGAGAUGAUUUUUACUCUAAUCACGUAUACUUAUGUAUGUAUAAUUGUGGGAUACUGAAGUUUUUUUAUAUGGAAAUUAUGUGUAUAUGAUUUUUAUAAAUGUAAUCUCAACUACUGUGUAUUAUUUGAGGGACUUUGCAUUGAAUCUUCACUGACUUACCACAUCGCCGCUGUACUUUAUGUAAAUGUAAUAAUAAUACAUAUAUACAUAGCGAGAUA